AUGGCGAUCGAAGGACAACAGCUGUGCAUUUUGAUGACCAUCACCUGUGGCCUGUCAUACCUGUUAUAUGGGUAUGACCAAGGCUUCAUGUCAGGUGUCUUGCUUGUGGACGACUAUCUCUCCACAAUGAAUAGCCCAUCCUCCUUGAUGCAAGGUCUGCUCUCAAGUCUAUACACGCUUGGAUGCUUCUUCGGCAGUAUCUUCAGUAUGCUCUUCAGUGAGCGUCUUGGUCGCAAGAACCCAAUCUUAAUUGGCACUGUUUUUAUCUUGAUUGGCGCCACGAUCCAAACAGCUUCUUAUUCACGCGCUCAGUUCCUCGUUGGCAGAAUCGUGGCAGGUCUGGGAACCGGCCUGAACACCUCGCUGAUUCCAGUUUGGCAAGCGGAAACCCUACCAGCGCGUAAGCGCGAGAGAUUCGGUGCUUUGCAGUAUAUCCUCGUGUGUACCGGGGCAUCUACAGCUUACUGGAUGAGCUAUGGGUUAUCGUACUCGAGUAAUCAACCCUUUGAGUGGAGAUUUGCUGUUGCUGCCCAGUGUAUCUUUGGAAUAUUACUCAUGUUUAUGGUGCCUUGGAUGCCGGAAUCUCCUCGUUGGCUCUUUAUGCAAAAUCGUACCGAUGAAGCCUUAGUUAUCAUCAUGAAAAUGCAUGGUACAAGUGAUGCCAAUGAUGAAGAGGUUCAAACAGAACUUAAAAUGAUCAACCAAGCUGUUGAGGUUGAAGAGCGCAACGGCGCCAGCAAAUGGGUUGAUCUUUUCAAGAACAAGAAAGAAACACAGAAUCUACGUCGUGUCAUGCUGGGCUGGUGGCUCAUGUUCAUGGUUAUGUGGUCUGGCGUUUGCAGUAUUGGAUACUACAUUUCCUAUCUUUUUGAGACCUCAGUCGGACUAAGUCACAACCUAUCACUACUUCUCUCAGGCUUCAACGGACUAUGGUACCUGGUCUCAGCAAUAAUUCCCUUCUUCGUCAUGAAUCGCAUCGGUAAACGUUGGUGUCUGCUAAUCGGAGCAUUUGGCAUGGGCUGCUGUUUUCUAACAAUGUCCCUGACCAUUCGCUCCGGAACAUACGGUGCCUCUAUCGUCUGCGUCAUUGCAUUUUUCCUAUACUAUACGUUCUUUGCGUUGGGUUUCCUUGCCGUUCCCUGGCUUUACAACGCAGAAAUUCUACCUUUGCACCUUCGUUCAAGAGGUAACGCCAUCACCACCUCGUCGAAUUGGAUCUGGAACUUCGCUACUGUCAUGAUUACUCCGUCAUUGAUGAGUGACCAGGGCUGGAAGGGGUACCUGGUCUUUACUGUUUUCAAUUUUAGCUUUAUUCCGUUUAUCUACUUCUUUUACCCGGAGACGACUGGUCGGCGGUUGGAAGAGAUUGAUGCGAUCUUCUACAAGACGAGUGCGAUUGUGGCUGGAACCGAAUGGGCUAACAAGGGCAAGUUUGAGACUACGCAUCUAGAUCAGAUGGUGGAGGGGCUUGAGAGCUCUAAGGGUACUAUGUAUCAUGUGGAGGACUUGGAUUGA